AAGCAAAGUGCCGCGUUUUCUUGAUUAUAUGCUGUUUUGCUACAGUAUUUUAAUAUAAUUUGCUAAAAUAAUCUGAUAGUAAAAUGCAGGCCUUUCUCAAAACUGGGAAAAUAUCAGCCUCAGCUAAGCCGACUCCGUCCGGCACCAAACCAACAAAGAAGAAACCGCCGGCACCAUGGGUCGAGAAAUACCGUCCAAAAACUAUUGAGGACAUCGUAGAUCAGGGCGAAGUAGUUCAAGUGUUGAGAGAAUGCUUGUCGGGCGGCGACCUGCCGCACCUGCUGUUCUACGGGCCGCCGGGCACGGGCAAGACGAGCGCCAUCCUGGCGGCGGCGCGCCAGCUAUUCGGCGACAUCUCGCGCGACCGAGUGUUGGAGCUGAACGCGUCCGACGAGCGUGGCAUACAGGUCAUCCGGGACAAAGUCAAGUCAUUUGCACAACUCACAGUCAGCGCCACCAGGCCAGAUGGAAGGGCGUGCCCUCCAUACAAGCUGGUGAUACUGGACGAGGCGGACUCCAUGACGACCGCCGCGCAGGCGGCGCUCCGCCGCACCAUGGAGCGCGAGACGCGCACUACACGCUUCUGUCUAAUCUGCAACUACGUGUCUCGUAUCAUUCCGCCGAUCACGAGUCGCUGCUCCAAAUUCAGAUUUAAGCCACUGGCGAGAGAAAAUGUUAUAAUGAGGCUGCGAGAGAUCUGCUCGUCGGAGGGCGUGGAGAUCGGAGACGGGUCUGUGCUGGAGCAGGCGGUGGGCACGUGCGAGGGCGACCUGCGCCGCGCGCUCACCGCGCUGCAGUGCUGCCAGCGCCUGCUCGGGGAGGUCACGGCCGAGGGACUCGUCGAGGUGACUGGUUUGGUACCCGAUAAACUAGUCAACGAGUACCUGGCUAUCAAGAACUACGGGGAACUGGAACAGUUUGUUGACAAUUUCCUAAUGGAAGCGUAUUCGGCGUCGCAGCUGCUGGAGCAGGCGUCGGCGGCGGUGGUGUGCGCCGGGCACCUGACCAACCGGCAGAAGGUGCGCAUCAGCGAGAAACUGGCGGGGUGCGCGCACCGCCUGCAGGACGGCGGCGCCGAGGCCAUGCAGCUCACCGACCUGGGCUGUACCGUCAUCAUGGCCAACAACGACCCCUGAUGCGCAUGCGCCCCGUGCCACCAUUCUGUUGUCUCGUAACCGUCUCAACUAUUUCUUUAUAGUAUAUCUCAUAAUGGUACGGGUCGGAAUGAAUUAAGGUACAUUUUAAGCUUAUUGACACGUAUACCUAGCCGUCUGUGUCGACGUCUGUUAAAACUACCUCAAGCCAUAAUAUUUGUUACAGAUGUAGUGCAUAAUUAUUUUCCAUCGUAUUUUCACGGGGACUUACGAACGUGUCUUGCUAUUUCAGUCAGUCUUGUCUUGGUACAAAAACUGUUAUAAGUACCUAUAAUUUAACUAUAAAUACUUUUGUAUUUUGUAGUCUAUGUCACUAUAACUAGCAACUGGCACGAAUCUAGAGUUAAACCAAGCUUACUCCGCAUGGCAUUUGCAAUGACAUAGAGGCAAUGUUUUUAUUAAUGUCAUAUUUCUGUGAAAAUAUAACGUUUAUAAUGACACUCUCACUUUGUUCUGUCCAAAUUGGUGCUUAGGUUGCUUAGACGGACUAACGAUGCCAAAACACAAUUAUACUGUAUCAAAACUUGUAAACAUUUAAAGCCACCCCACAUUAGCGUCACUCGAGCGUGGGUGUCUAGUCAGCUCUAUGGCUGUUGGCUGUUUUCAUAGCGCUGACUAGACGCCGACGCUCAAAAGACGCUAGUGUGGAAUGGUUCUUAAUCUUCUGUUAUUUUUGCGUUACUUAUAUGAGUCCGUUUAAAUCAUUAGUUUUUAUCUACAAGUCAAAAGUGUACUUUAAUUUAGCGAUAUACAAAAAUUCCUAAUCUCUAAAUCAAUAUUUUAAAAUAAAUAUGACAACUUAAAUCACGUAAUAACGUAAAAAAAAUGUAUGUCAUCAAAAUUACAUUUUUUUUUAAAUCUGAUCAGACGAUACCUACCUUUAUAAGAAUGUAAUUCACACCGAAUUUGAAUAGUCAAAAUCGUGACAAAUUACAGUUCUGUAUCAUGUUAGGGAUGUAUUUAUUAUCUUUUGUUUUAAGCAACAUGAAUUAAACGCCAACCUAUUUAUCGUCUUUAAGAAUGUCUAUUUACUAUGUGAGAAAUAAAUUGGAUUUCAAUGUCAAUAUUUCAUCUGUGAGUUUUAGUUUUUGUGUACUCUACUCAAAAACAGAGCCAGCCUAGCCUAGUAUCAGACUC